AGAAGAAGAGUGGGAAGGAAGGCUAGAAGUUUGUCAUAAUGGAAGAUGGGGAACUGUUGGUGUAAGUGAGAAUGAACAGUGGUCCCAUUUUAACAAUGAGACUAUUUGUGGUUACUUUGGAUAUGAGGCAACUAAUAGUAGUAGCUUGUCUGCAUCAGAGCUUCAAUCACUCUCAAGGCCUGUCUUUUGGAGUGGAGUUGACUGCUCAUCCACUCAUUAUCACUAGUUGAUUGCUACAAAGACGAAUAUUCAGGAAAACUGAUGACGUUAAAGAUGUUGUAAUCACCUGUAAACCAUCAUCAUGUAGAGAAGGAGAGCUGAGAUUAAGGGGAGAAGAUUCAAAUGGUAGUGGAAGACUGGAAAUGUGCUACAACAAACAAUGGACUACAAUUCAUGCUGAUGGCUGGUCCUUCAUUGAGACAAAAGUAGCCUGUGGACAGAUGAAUUUUUCGGCAGAAGGUGCUACAUUUUCAAAGACAGGACGUGGGGCAAUAGAAGCUGUAAAGUUUACCCAAUUUAGUUGCUCUGAUUCAAACAAAAGACUUAUCGAUUGUUCCCACCCUAUGUAUAAGUCAGAUGGGCGCCAUAAUGUGCUCGAAGUAAAUGUUGUUACUAUAACUUGCACACCUAUUGAACAAACUCAAGAUAGUACUGACUCUACCAUGUCAACUCAAACUAGUCCUGACCCAACCAUGUCAGCAGCACUCUCAAUAGGGAUUAUUUGUGUGGUAUUAUUGAUUGGGAUCAUUGUCGCAUACUUUGUCAUACAGUUUAUCCGAAAGAGAAAACAAAACUCAGAAAGGUAUGCCUCAAUCCCUUAUUAC